CCAUUUUCUCACAAACUUUACCCAUUUUCGCCACCUAAAACACACACACACACUCUAGAAAACACACUCUAGAAAACACACUCUCUACAAAUACAUAAAUAUAUACACUAUCUUUCUUGGCCUAGAAGGUAAAUUGCAUUCUCUUUUCGCUUCGCAGAUUAUAUACUAAACCCUAGCCAGUGAGAAUUUCUGCUUCAAUUAGGUCUGUCAUAAUCAAGUGAGUACCUAAUUCGCACACUAGGGUUUCCAAUUUUUUUAAGCUCGUGGCUUACUUUUGGGAAAUUUCAAGGAACCUAAAGAGAAGAGGUUUUGUUGUUUCAAAAAAGAUUUUUGGAGUUGAAGCUCUCAUGAGAAUAUAUACGGGAAUGCAGAAAGUAGUUCGCGAGGAUCAAACGGAAGUAGGCUGCUGCAAGAAAUCAUUCAGUAAAGGUAUUGGUGUGACCGCCCCAAAAGCCAGAAAGCGUGACAAAUUGAAAGUGUUUCUCUAAUUUGGGUAAAGGCAGAGUGGUUAUUUUGUGGUUCUGUAGUUGAAGAAGGGCAACAAUAAUGACACGGAUACUUGUUCAGCGAGGUUCUACAGGGUCUUCAUCGUCGUCAUCAAACCAGAACAGGUCAUCAGUUUCACUCCCUGAAUCAUCUGCAUCUUCUUCAGCUCCAUUGCAGCCACAGGCUUCUAGCACUAGUCAGGUACCAUCAGCUCUGAAAGAUGACGAGUUGGUAGGAGAAUUUCCAGAAUCUAUUGUCUUGGAUGAGUUUUCUGUUGGUUCUUUCAACCACAAAGGUGAAGGUGACGAUGCUUCAUUAGAAAACUUCAGCAGUGACAGAAGCCACCUUGAAGAAAAGAUUAUUGACAAUGAGAAGAUAGGUGAUGGUGCUUUUGUCUGUGGGGACUCUGUAAAAAGAUCUAGUGGUUUAAGUGUUGAGGCAGCUGAAAAUGAGGGAACUUCUGUGCAGGGGGCUAAAGGUAGUUCGUGUCCACCUCCACCUCCUGUCCCACCUCCUAAACCUAUGUCUCUAAGCUGUAGUCCAAGGGAAUUUUCAUCAGGUAGUUCAAAUGCAGUGCGGUUAGGAUGUAGGGAACUUGUUGGGCGGCCUAAUGUGUCAACUAGGACUUCAUCUACGGGAUCUAGGCCAUCCUCUCCACGGUCACACAGCGAAAGUGAAGGUUAUAAUAGUGCCGAUGAGCAGAACCCCAAAUUUGGAUCCUCACGCAAUGAUAUGGAGAGAGAGCACCAGUUUGAAAGUGAUAUUAGAAGAGCGAAAGGCUUAGAAGUUAAGAAAAUGCUGGAAGAUGGGAACUGCCUCUUCCGUGCAGUUGCUGACCAAGUAUAUGGUGAUUCUGAAGCUUAUGAUUUGGUCAGGCAGAUGUGCAUUGACUACAUGGAGCGCGAAAGAGACCACUUUUCUCAGUUUAUAACUGAAGGAUUCACAUCCUAUUGCAAGAGAAAAAGGAGAGACAAGGUUUACGGCAACAAUGUGGAAAUCCAAGCGUUAUCUGAAAUGUAUAACCGCCCUAUCCAUAUAUAUUCUUACAGCAUCGAACCAAUGAACACGUUCCAUGGAAGUUAUAACUCAGACAGCCCUCCUAUCCGUCUCAGUUAUCAUCAUGGAAAUCAUUACAACUCCCUUGUUGAUCCUUGCCGAUUAACAGUUGGUGCUGGGCUUGGGUUUAGCUCUCUGCAAGGGACAAACAUCGACAAGGAUAAAGUAAGAGCUGCAAUUAAAGCUCAACAGGACCAACAGAUUAAUAACGCGCUUCUGGCUGAAGGACGCUUCUACUCAGAUCUUGAGCUCACUGAAAAGGAGAUGGAACGCAUGGUGAUCGAAGCUUCUAGGGCUGAGUAUAUUGCUCGUGAUAGGUUUAGACAACAGCUUGGUUGUCAAGAGUCUUCCACAUCCGGAGCUGAGCCAUCAUCUUCAGGAGCUAGGUCAUCUGGAAGUGAGAUACGGCAGGAAGGUGGGCCCUGCUUGCCAGAUUCCACCUUUAGCGACUGCAUCCAGAUUAUGCUGUCGAUGGGUUUCAGCUAUCCACGAGUAAUUGAGGCUUAUAGCAUAUUUGGGGACGAUGUGGAUUCUAUGGUUUGUUAUCUUGUAGAAACCAGCAGUAGCAGCAGACGCAGCAGAGGAAAAGCAACUGAAUGACGAACCGAGUCCGGAGUUAAAUGGAUGACAGUGUCUUGUGUUUUUCUAAGUACAAGUAUUUGCUUUGUCUUGAGAUUUCUAUCUUGUAUGGAUCGUCCAAUAUGUUUCUAAGUGAACUUUGAAGCUUAGUAAUACUUGUUGUGCUGCUGCGCUACUGUUGGUAUGUCGAUUACUUGUGUAUGUGAAUAAUGCCAUGCAACUUUAGAGAGGAAAGUUCUCACCUGCUGAAAAUUGUUUUUCUUGAGCCUAGGGUCUUUCGGGGUAAGGUUUGUGUACACUUUGCCCUCAGACCCCACAAUGUGAGAUUAUACUGGAUGUUGUUUUAUUGUUGUAACUUUAGAGAGUAAACUUGUGCAAGGCUUUUGCUUGA